AAGGAGCAGGAUGAAAAGAUGGCACAGCUACUUGUACCACCAGGUCCAGACAGCUUCCACCCCUUUAGUCGCGAGUCCCUCAAAGCCAUCGAGAGACGUAUCACAGAGGAGAACGCCAAGAAGCCCAAGGCAGAGAAGAGAAAACACGAUGAUGAGAAUGAGCUCAAGCCCAGUCGUGACCUGGAGGCGAGCAAAUCCCUCCCUCUUCUGUAUGGGGACACUCCUAAAGGCCUGGUGUCGACACCGCUGGAGGACCUGGAUCCCUACUACUGCAAUCAGAAAACUUUUAUAGUAUUAAACACAGGAAAUGUCAUCUUCCGCUUCAAUGCCAAUCCUGCCUUGUACCUCCUGAGCCCCUUCAACCUCCUUAGAAGAAUAUCAAUAAGGAUUUUGGUACACUCAUUGUUCAGUAUGGUGAUCAUGUGCACUAUCCUCGCCAACUGUGCAUUUAUGACACUGAGUGGACCGCCUGAUUGGGCAAAGAAUGUCGAGUACACAUUCACCGCAAUUUAUACGCUUGAAUCCCUCAUUAAAAUUUUAGCUCGAGGGUUCUGCAUAGGAAAGUUCACCUUUCUAAGAGAUCCCUGGAACUGGCUGGAUUUCAGUGUAAUUGUCAUGGCGUAUGUAACAGAGUUUGUAAACCUAGGCAAUUUUUCAGCACUUCGCACAUUCAGAGUGCUAAGAGCUUUUAAAGCUAUUUCAGUUAUCCCAGGCCUGAAGACCAUCGUUGGUGCAUUGUUCCAGUCAGUGAAGAAACUUGCAGAUGUGAUGAUUCUCACCGUCUUCUGCCUGAGCGUCUUUGCCCUCAUAGGGUUGCAACUGUUUAUGGGACAUUUAAAGCAAAAGUGUGUACGGACAAUUGUUAAUUCCACCUCAUCAUACAAUGGGACUGACAUAAAUGGAACAGAACAAAGCGAUUUUGACUGGAAAGCGUACACGCUCAAUAGCAGUAAUCAUUAUUUCCUUCCAGACAAACGAGAUCCACUGCUUUGUGGAAAUGGCAGCGAAGCUGGGCGCUGUCCAGAGGGGUUUACUUGCAUCAGAGCGGGAAAGAACCCAGACUAUAAUUACACCAGUUUUGACUCCUUUGGUUGGGCCUUCCUCUCUCUGUUUAGACUGAUGACACAGGAUUACUGGGAAAACCUUUACCAGCAGACGUUGCGGGCAGCUGGGAAGCCCUACAUGAUCUUUUUUGUGCUGGUGAUAUUCCUUGGUUCCUUUUACCUGAUCAACCUGAUCUUGGCCGUAGUAGCCAUGGCCUACGAGGAGCAGAGCCAGGCCACCAUGAAGGAGGCGGUGGAGAAGGAGGAAGAGUUUCAGGCCAUGCUUGAGCAGCUGAAACGGCAGCAGGAGGACGCUCAGGCAGCAGCAACUGUAGCUGCUGCAGAGAGCGGGGAGGCCAGCGAUAAAGUCACUGGCCCUGAGAGCUCCUCUGACACCUCCAAGCUUAGCUCCAAAAGUGCCAAAGACAGACGCAACAGACGAAGAAAGAAGAAGGAGGAGGAGGGCAAAGGGGCUGAUGAGAAGGAUCCUAAAUCUGAGUCACAGGACAGUAUGAGGAAAGGUCGCUGCCGCUUCUCUGUGGAUGCAAACCAGCUCAACUAUGACAUGAAAUGCUCAUCCGUACAUCAGUCCUUUCUGAGUUUUCGUGGACCCCUCUUCUCAUCCAGACGGAACAGCAGGACCAGCCUUUUCAGUUUCCGAAGCCAAGCGCAGGAUAUGGUCUCAGAAAAUGAGUUUGCAGAUGAUGAGAACAGCAUUUUUGAGGACAACCUGAGUCGGAGGGACUCUUUUUUUCUUCCCAGGGGUUGUGAUCGACGCAGCAGCAGUAUGAGCCAACGCAGUUUCUUGUCGCAUCUCCUACUUUCACCCAAUGGGAUCAAGCACAGCUCUGUAGACUGCAAUGGCGUUGUUUCUCUGGUGGGUGGGAAUUCCCUCCCAUCGUCACCCGUGGGGCUACUUCUGCCUAAAGUGACGGUAGAUAUGGCCUCCACUGGAGACAAUGCUGACACUACUGACACAGAGUACAGACAGGCCAGUGGUGGAACACACCAGGAGUUUAUGGACCACCUCGAGGGCCCAGAGGCCAGACAGAGAGCUCACAGUACAGCUAGUGUCAUAACCAGCACUAUGGAGGAGCUUGAAGAAUCGAGGCAGAGGUGUCCUCCUUGCUUGCACACUUUUGCCCACACUUUCCUCAUCUGGGAAUGUUGUCCAGCAUGGCUGAUGAUCAAGAGGGUGGUGAAACUAAUUGUGACGGAUCCAUUUGUGGACCUAGCCAUCACCAUCUGCAUUGUACUCAACACAAUGUUUAUGGCCAUGGAGCAUUAUCCAAUGUCCAACGGCUUCAUCAACAUGCUGUAUGUUGGAAAUGUGAUAUUCACUGGCAUCUUCACGGCUGAAAUGGUCCUCAAGAUCAUUGCUAUGAACCCAUACUAUUACUUCCAGGAGAGAUGGAAUAUUUUUGAUGGAAUCAUUGUCACUUCAAGCUUGAUGGAGCUUUUUUUGGAAAACGUGGUUGGCAUGUCUGUUCUAAGGUCAUUCAGAUUGCUAAGAGUAUUCAAGUUGGCUAAAUCGUGGCCCACACUUAACACAUUGAUCAAAAUAAUUGGUAAUUCAGUGGGGGCUUUGGGCAACCUGACGCUGGUGUUGGCCAUUAUCGUCUUCAUCUUUGCUGUGGUCGGCAUGCAGCUGUUUGGAAAAUACUACAAGGACUGUGUGUGUAAAAUCUCUACCGAAUGCACACUUCCCCGUUGGCACAUGAAUGACUUCUUUCAUUCAUUCCUCAUUGUGUUCCGAGUGCUUUGUGGAGAGUGGAUAGAGACCAUGUGGGACUGUAUGGAGGUGGCUGGGACCCACAUGUGCAUCACUGUCUACAUGAUGGUCAUGGUUAUUGGAAACCUUGUGGUGCUGAACCUGUUCCUGGCCCUGCUGCUGAGUUCAUUCAGUGCUGACAAUCUCGCAGCGACGGAGGACGACAGCGAUAUGAACAAUUUGCAGGUUGCCAUUGAACGGAUUCACAAAGGCAUUGCCUUUGUCAAAAAUCUGCUUCGAAGCAGCUGCAACAGUGUCUGUCUCAGGAGGAAGAAGAAAGGGAAGGGUGAGGAAAAAUCUCUGGAUGAGCUCCACAAACCUCUAGGGCCGAAUGGUAUCCCCAACAGUACUAUCAAAGACUUUCCGAGGAACGGAAAUGGGGAUGUGACCGGAGUGGACAAAAAUGGAGACAAGUACAUAGUCAGCAGCAAGAGUGAUGAUUCCAUAAUGUCUUUCAUCAACAAUCCCAGUCUGACGGUCACAGUUCCUAUUGCUGUGGGAGAGUCUGACUUUGAAAACCUCAACACUGAGGACUUCAGCAGUGCUUCGUCUGAUGCAGCAGGAUGCCAUGUGAUUGUAGAUGACGAUGGCCAGCUCAGCUCCUCUGAGGGCAGCACAAUAGACUGUGGGCCAGGCGGGGAGGGAGGAGAGUCUGUAGACUUUGAAUUGGAAGAAUCUAUGGAACCUGAUGCCUGCUUUCCUGAUGUCUGGGUGCAAAAGUUCCAGUGCUGCCAGGUAAAUGCGGAAGUGGGCUGGUGGAAGGUGUGGUGGAUGGUUAGAAAGACCUGUUACCGGAUCGUGGAGCACAACUGGUUUGAGAGCUUCAUCAUCUUCAUGAUCCUGCUUAGCAGUGGAGCGCUGGCUUUUGAGGAUGUCUACAUUGAGAAGAGGAAGACCAUUAAAACAGUGUUGGAAUUUGCAGACAAAAUCUUCACCUACAUCUUCAUUCUGGAGAUGUUACUGAAGUGGGUGGCAUAUGGAUAUGCCAAGUAUUUUACAAAUGCCUGGUGCUGGCUGGACUUUCUCAUUGUUGAUGUCUCACUGGUCAGUAUGGUAGCCAAUGCCAUGGGAUAUUCUGAACUCGGUGCCAUCAAGUCUCUGAGAACCCUGCGAGCUCUGAGGCCGCUGAGAGCCCUGUCACGGUUUGAAGGCAUGAGGGUGGUUGUCAAUGCCUUGCUUGGAGCCAUUCCUUCCAUCUUCAAUGUGCUGCUGGUAUGUCUCAUCUUCUGGCUUAUCUUCAGCAUCAUGGGAGUCAACCUAUUUGCAGGAAGGUACGGCCAUUGUGUCGACCAAUUGUCGAUGCCAAAAAAAGAUUUUCUGGCAUCGGAGGUGAAAAACAAGACAGAGUGUGAGAAUUUGGGCAAAGAAGCUGCUCGCUGGAAGAACGUCAAAAUCAACUUUGACAAUGUUGGCAUGGGUUACCUUGCACUGUUGCAAGUGGCUACAUUCAAGGGCUGGAUGGACAUCAUGUAUGCUGCUGUGGACUCUCAAAGCAAGCAAAACGAACAACCAGAAUAUGAGAUCAACCUGAAGAUGUACAUGUAUUUUGUUGUUUUCAUCAUAUUUGGAGCCUUCUUCACACUCAAUCUCUUUAUUGGUGUGAUCAUAGACAAUUUCAAUCAGCAAAAGAAAAAGAUAAACAUCUUUAUGACUGAAGAACAGAAGAAAUACUACAAUGCCAUGAAAAAGCUGGGAUCAAAGAAACCACAAAAGCCUAUUCCUCGGCCAUCAAACAAAAUUCAAGGAUACAUCUUUGACUUAACCACAAAACAAGCAUUCGAUAUAAUAAUAAUGGUUCUAAUAUGGCUUAAUAUGGUAACCAUGAUGGUGGAAACUGACGAUCAAUCUGAUGAAAAGGCCAAAAUUCUGCACGACAUUAAUAUUUUUUUCAUUAUGGUCUUCACUGGAGAGUGUUUGUUGAAGAUGAUUGCUCUUCGCUAUUACUUUUUCACAAACGGUUGGAAUGUAUUUGAUUUCAUCGUCGUCGUCCUGUCAAUCAUUGGCAUGUUUCUCUCUUCUCUGAUCGAGAAGUAUUUUGUUUCACCAACCUUGUUCAGAGUCAUUCGCUUGGCCCGGAUUGGCCGUGUCCUGCGGCUUAUUAAAAGUGCCAAAGGAAUCCGUACACUCCUGUUUGCCUUGAUGAUGUCACUUCCUGCCUUAUUCAACAUCGGUCUCCUACUCUUCUUGGUGAUGUUUAUCUAUGCCAUCUUUGGCAUGUCAAACUUUGCUUACGUCAAGAGGGAAGCAGGCAUCGAUGACCUUUUCAAUUUUGAGACAUUUGGCAACAGCAUGAUCUGUUUGUUCCAGAUCACCACUUCAGCAGGGUGGGAUGGCCUACUUGCUCCCAUUCUCAACAAACAUGAAGACGAUUGUAACAGUACCACAGAGCAUCCUGGCAGCCGUGUUAAGGGUGACUGUGGGAAUCCUCCUGUGGCGAUCACCUUCUUUGUGAGCUACAUCAUCAUCUGUUUCCUGAUUGUGGUGAAUAUGUACAUUGCAGUUAUCCUAGAAAACUUCAGUGUCGCCACUGAGGAGAGUGCGGACCCACUAAGUGAGGAUGAUUUUGAAACGUUUUAUGAGGUCUGGGAAAGGUUUGAUCCUCGUGCAACCCAGUUCAUGGAGUACAAAAAGCUCUCCGAAUUUGCAGAUGCUUUGGACCCACCAUUACGCAUAGCCAUGCCUAACAAGAUGGAACUGAUCUCUAUGGAUUUACCCAUGGUGAGUGGUGAACGCAUUCACUGCCUGGACAUCCUGUUUGCAUUUACAAAACGUGUUCUGGGUGAGGGCGGGGAGAUGGAUAUUCUAAGGGCGGAGAUGGAGGAGCGCUUCAUGGCCUCCAAUCCUUCAAAAUUGUCCUAUGAACCCAUAACUACCACCCUCCGUCGCAAACAAGAGGACACAUCCGCCACUAUCAUCCAAAGGGCCUUCAGGGAAGAAGUCAUUCAAGAACUUGAUGCUAAGGUCAAAGAGGAUCGAAAAAGUGCAUCUCCCAAGAGCCUGUACUAUGCUGGGAUGUUUCUCUGGCUGUUAGGGCGUAAUGAUAAGGCAAGGGAGUACACGGAGAGAAUGAUCAAACUCUCCAGUGGCUCGAGAGAGGGGAUGAUCCUAAAAGCCUGGAUAGAUGUGACCUCUGGUAAAGACGCCUACGCCAGAAAGGCUGGAAAGUACUUCGACGAGGGACUGAAAGAGAGAGCAGAUGUGUUUGCCCUGAUGGGAAAGGCACAAUAUUAUGAAUAUCGUCAGAACUACUCUGGAGCAUUGGAGAUGGUUAACAAGGUCAUUGUUAGUUUCCCUGGGUUCCUGCCUGCCCUCACCAAGAAGAUGAAACUGUUGCUCUGCCUUCAAGACUGGGAGCAAACCAUAAAUGCAUCACACAGGCUUUUACAGAAGGAUACAAAUAAUCUGGAAGCACUACGGAUGCUAGCUUUACAUUCUUUAUGUAGAGAUGGAGAUAUUACUGAGUCGGUAAAGCAGCUUUCAAACCUCAUCAGCAGCUUGGAGAUUCUGGAACCACACAACCCAGAGCUUUUCUACAGGAUGUCUCUGGCCUUCACCCGUGUUUGUGGACGGAAUGAGAAACUGAUGGAGCAGACGUUUAGGAUGGUGGAGAGGGCCUUCUCUGUGGCAUCAGGGGACUCCGAUGUAGCCACAGAGUUGGGCUACCAGAUGGUGCUUCAGGGCAGAAUCAAGGAGGCCAUGAAGUGGUACAAGACAGCCAUGACUUUGGAUGAGACAAGUGUUUCUGCUUUGACUGGUAUAAUCCGUUGCCAGCUGAUAGAGGGCCACCUUGAGGAUGCAGAGCAACAGUUAGAAUUUCUCACAGAGAUUCAACAAUCGAUUGGAAAAUCAGGGGAGCUACUUUACUUACGUGCCGUUCUGGCAGUGAAAAAGCGCCGCUCCCAGGAAGAGGUGACCAAUCUGCUGAAUGAUGCAGUGGACACACACUUCUCCACUCUGCAGGGUCUGCCUCUGGGCGUGGAGUACUUUGAGAAGCUGAACCCUGACUUCCUGUUGGAGAUUGUCAAAGAGUAUCUUGCAAUGUGUCCUGCUAAGCCUCCAGCCCAGGGCCAGCCGCCUGCUCCUCAGCUUCAGCACUGUGCCACAUUGUUGGAUACUGUGGUCAAGAUUGUGCCAGGUCUCCUCCAAGGGGUCUUCCUGCUAGCCAAAGUCAGAUAUCAGUCUGGUGACAUUGAAGCUGCUCAGAGCAAUCUACAACAUUGUCUGGACCAGUGUCCUUCCCAUGCAGAUGCUCAUCUUCUCAUGGCCCAGAUUCAUCAGCUGCAGGGAAACUUCUCACUGUCUUCCCAGUCUCUUGAGCUCUGCCUCAGCCAUAACUUUGAGAUCCGAGAACAUCCCCUGUACCACCUGAUCAAUGCUCAGGCUAAGAAGAAAAUGGGUGAGCUGACAGAGGCUAUUCAGACACUGCAGAUGGCCAUGAGUCUUCCAGGUGUCCGCAGAGCUGGAUCCUCGUCCAAAUCCAAGAGCAAGAAGAUUGAGCUGAGUCCUUCUGACUGCCUCUCUGUCUUCUUAGAGUUAGCUGAGGCCCUGUGGCUCAACGGAGAACAGCAUGAAGCAGCAAAGGUGAUGCAGGAUGCCAUCAAUGAGUUCUCGGGUACUCCUGAGGAGCUACGUGUCACUAUUGCCAAUGCGGACCUGGCCCUGCUGCGUGGUGACACCGAGCUGGCACUGAGUAUGCUCAGAAACAUUACCCCUGAGCAGCCCUACUACAUCCAAGCCAAGGAGAAAAUGGCAGACAUAUAUCUGAACCACAGAAAAGAGAAACGCCUGUAUGCCAGCUGUUACAGAGAAAUGGUGGAGAAGCUGCCCAGCACUCACACAUACCUCUUACUAGGUGAUGCCUACAUUAACAUUCAAGAACCUGAGAAAGCCAUUGAUGUUUAUGAGGAAGCUCUGAAGAAAAACCCCAAAGAUGGUGCUUUAGCCAGCAAGAUUGGAAAAGCCCUGGUCAAGACUCAUAACUACGCGAAGGCAAUAAAUUACUAUGAAGCAGCCCUGAAGACGGAGCAACAGAAGUUCCUGCGCUACGACCUGGCUGAGCUGCUGAUGAAGAUGAAGCAAUAUCAGCGCUGUGAGAAAGUCCUGCAUGAAGCCCUGGCCCAUGAGCCAGCGAACGAGCUGCUCGCCCUCUCAGAUGAUUGCCGUUAUCUGGUCCUGUUGGCAAAGGUCCAAAAUAAGGUUGACAAAAACGAGGAAGCUUUACUUUCCCUGCAAAGAGCCCGGGAUGUGCAGGCCAAGGUGCUGAAGCGGGUGCAGUUGGAGCAGCCUGACGCCGUCCCCGUGCAGAAACAGCUUGCGGCCGAGAUCUGCGCUGAGAUCGCUAAACACUACACAAGUCAGAGGGGCUAUGAGAGAGCAGUCAAAUUCUACAAAGAAGCUCUUGUGUAUUGUGAGACUGAUCGCAAGGUGAUGCUGGAGUUGGCACGGCUGUACCUUACUCUAGAUGAGGUUGAUGCAUGCCAGGAGCAGUGUGGCGUCAUUUUGAAGAAUGACCAGUUUAACGAAGAUGCAAUUCUGAUGAUGGCUGACAUUAUGUUCAGGAAGCAGGACUACGAGCAGGCAGUUUUCCACUUUCAACAACUUCUGGAGCGCAAACCAGACAACUACCCGACACUGUCUCGUCUCAUUGACUUGUUGAGGAGGGCCGGCAAGUUGGAAGAAGUUCCCAGAUUUAUUGAUAUGGCAGAAAAACAUUCUUCCAGGACAAAAUUUGACCCUGGAUUCAACUAUUGCAAAGGACUUUAUCUUUGGUUCACAGGAGAACCGAAUGAUGCUCUGCGGCACUUCAACAAAGCACGGAAAGACAAUGACUGGGGUCAAAACGCUGUGUAUAACAUGAUUGAAAUCUACCUAAACCCUGACAAUGACACCCUGGGAGGAGAAGUAUUUGAGAAUUUAGAUGGUGAAAUAGGGAACUCCACGGAGAAGCAGGAGUCCGAGCAGGUUGCUGUGAGAACGGCGGAUAAGCUGCUGAAGGAGUUAAAGCCUCAGACACCAGGAGGAAACGUACAGCUCCGCAUCCUGGAGAACUACUGCUUUCUGGCCACCAAACAGAAGGCCAAUGUAGAGAAAGCCCUUGGUGUUUUUACAGAGAUUGCCAACAAUGAAAAAGAACACGUACCGGCACUGCUGGCCAUGGCGACAGCUUAUAUGAUGCUGAAACAGACUCCCCGAGCCAGGAACCAGCUCAAACGCAUAGCUAAGAUGAACUGGAGCAUUGUGGACGCCGAUGAGUUUGAGAAGAGCUGGCUGCUCUUGGCAGACAUCUACAUCCAUUUGGGAAAGUACGACAUGGCCGGGGAACUCUUGAAGAGAUGCCUCAAUCAUAACAAGUCAUGCUGUAAGGCUUAUGAAUAUCUGGGCUACAUAAUGGAAAAAGAGCAGGCGUUCCGUGAUGCAGCUCUCAACUAUGAACUGGCUUGGAAAUAUGGAAAUCGAACUAACCCAACAAUUGGAUACAAGCUGGCUUUCAACUACUUAAAAGCAAAGAGGCAUGUUGAUGCCAUAGAUGUGUGUCAUAAGGUUUUGGCUGCUCAUCCAAAUUAUCCCAGAAUGAGAAAGGACAUCUUGGACAAAGCGCGUGUUGCCCUGAGAUCUUAGUGUUGGAAGGAAGUGUGUGUGUGUGUGUGUGUGUGUGUGUGUGUGUGUGUGUGUGUGUGUGUGUGUGUGUGUGUGUGUGUGUGUGUGUGUGUGUGUGUGUGUGUGUGUGUGUGUGUGUGUGUGUGUGUGUGUGUGUGUGUGUGUGUUUAUAUGUGAGAGGGAAAGAGAAGAUGAAGUCAAUGUUUCUAGAAUAAAAUGUGUUAUUUUUAAUG